UCGGCGGUCGACGCGAUGCUAAGCGGCGAGCGAGUUUCUCUGGAAGCUAGCGAAGGAUGCUAGUCGGACCGUUAGCUUCCGGUCGCUUUUCAAGAACAACAUUGCCACACAAGUUGUAGCAUUAGCUCGCCCUGUGCCCGCUGCUCUGUUACCGGUUUAACAAGGAGAAAAGAUGUCUCAGGCCGACAAAAUGAAGCAGGGCCAAUUUACCAACCCUGAGACCCCAGGGUACGUUGGAUUCGCCAACCUGCCCAACCAGGUUCAUCGCAAGUCAGUGAAAAAAGGAUUUGAGUUCACGUUGAUGGUGGUUGGUGAGUCUGGACUUGGAAAAUCAACCCUGAUCAACAGCCUUUUUCUCACAGACCUUUACCCUGAGAGAGUCAUCCCCGGAGCAGCAGAAAAGAUAGAAAGGACGGUUCAGAUCGAGGCGUCGACAGUAGAAAUUGAGGAGCGAGGCGUGAAGCUCCGUCUCACUGUGGUAGACACACCAGGAUAUGGAGAUGCCAUCAACAGCCAGGACUGCUUCAGCACUAUUAUCAGCUACAUCGAUGACCAGUUUGAACGCUACCUUCAUGAUGAGAGCGGUCUGAAUCGUAGGCACAUUGUCGACAAUAGAGUUCACUGCUGCUUCUAUUUCAUCUCCCCUCUUGGCCACGGCCUGAAGCCCCUGGACGUGCAGUUCAUGAAGGCCAUUCACAACAAGGUCAACGUGGUUCCUGUCAUCGCCAAGGCGGACACUCUCACCCUCAGAGAGAGGGAGCGGCUCAAGCGCAGGAUUCUGGAUGAGAUCGAUGAACAUGGUAUUAAGAUUUACCACCUUCCUGAUGCCGAGUCAGACGAGGAUGAGGACUUUAAAGAGCAAACUAGGAUCCUCAAGGCUAGCAUCCCAUUCGCAGUUGUAGGAUCCAACCAGCAGAUCGAGGCCAAAGGGAAGAAGGUGAGGGGCCGCCUUUACCCCUGGGGAGUGGUGGAGGUGGAGAACCCAGAGCACAACGACUUCCUCAAGCUGCGGACCAUGCUGAUAACCCACAUGCAGGAUCUACAGGAAGUGACCCAGGACCUGCACUACGAGAACUUCCGCUCGGACCGCCUCAAGCGGGGUGGCAGGUUGUCCUCCCAUGGUUAUGUUCUGCCUCUGUCUCCUGCCAGAAAAGGACCGGAGCCGGAGGAAAUGGACAAGGACAUUAUCCUGCAGGAGAAGGAGGCUGAGUUGAGACGAAUGCAGGAGAUGAUUGCUAAGAUGCAGGCCCAGAUGCAGAAGCAGGGAGACGAGGGAGACGUGUGAGAAGUCCAUGGUGUUUGAGCCGCUGCUCAACUUCGACCAGAGCAAACUGAAUCGUACUGAUUGCCACUAUCUUCAUUUAGUUCCACAUCGGACCUGAAGUCUUUUCUCUUUUAAAAAAAAAUAUACAUUCAGUAAAGUAUAUUCAGACAACAGUGUUAUUUUUAUAUAUUUACACGGUUAUAUUUCCUUUUUUUUGUUUGUUUAUCUUUAUUAAACUUUUACCAGUUACUGAAAUGAAGUCAUGCGACCCCUCUUUGAAAACGGUGACAUAUAUUUUUAAUACAAACCCAUUGGGAUGAUCUGUUACAACUUUUUUUUCUUUUCUUCCUUACCUUAUUUUGCUUUUGAUAAAACCAAAGUGUUGGUGCUUCGAUCCAGUGCGUUUAGUCCAAAAACGUCUCUCGAAGCACACGCUGACAUGAGCUCUGUGAGUGAGCUUCAUUUGGGAGAAUCAACUAUGGUGAAAACCAAUAGCAGAAAUAGCAAUUUUUAUGCCAUUGGCUCAAUAUUGUCAAACAUAAUUUCAGAUGACCACACAAGCAUCCCAUCAUACAGGGUUCACGCAGCUCAGCGUUACUCAUGUUAUCUCACCCAUAUGCAUGCUACUCUCUCAGCUCCUCCCUUGUUUUACCCAUUACUGCAGUUCUCAGAUCAGUGUCGCCACAUCCAACCGCAUUGAAGUGUUGUUAAGCUUCUUUUAAGUUUAAUAUGAAUUAAAUAAACUGUGACCCUUGACCUCUUCCAGUCUUCCUGAAGACCUGACCAAUGAAGGAUGGACAAACUAGGUCUUUUUUUUCUGUGACACACCUCUGUUUGGUGCUUUGAUGCAUCUUUGAAUUAGAUGUGUUUACUUCAUAUCUCCUCUAUAUUGUCCAGUGAAGUCAUGUGCCAGGGAGCAUUGAUAUUUUUGUUUCAUUGAGAUUUAAGAAGUAUAAACUCUCAUGUGUCCCAACUGCUGAGUACUUUGUGGUUUUUGUUAAUGACCGCAGAAGUUCAAGUUGACCCGCCGGGGUCAAUGUAGCCAACGUUUUCCCCUCACCAGCCAAGACGUGUUCUUGACAUUCCUCUUUGUGCUGUUUUUAUCCAAUAUUAAAGUACCAAAUAUUGUUCUUGAUACAUAUAUUGUAAUAAAGGUUUUAUUAAACUUGAACAAGCUCUUCA